AUGGACAUGGAACGACGUUGGGAGAUGAUCGUUGAGGAGAAGAGCGCUUUGCUGGAGGAUGCCACGGAGGAGAAGCAAAGACUGGAGGUGGCGCUGGUGGACGUCUUGGUCAACGCUUUCGGAAAUUGGCCAGCGGCCAGAGGACCCUUCUCCAACAUUCCCCAGGCUUCGCUGUGUGACUUGGAGAUUUUGUUGGAUCGAGAUCAAGAGAAGGUCAUCGAACGGCUUCAAGAGGAGUGCCGAGAGGUGAAGGCAGGAGAGAAAAACCAACUGCUGGAGCAGAUGUCCUUGCUGCAAUGCGAGGCACCGUGGCGUGCUGUUGAGCGAAACUCACCUAUUUUGAUGGGCAAAUUUGCCACUGACCGCGCUGGCCGCUGCGGGGUGGUGGAGAAGAAAACCCUUGAGAAAAGGAUCGAAGAAGACGUGAAGGUCAUCGGGGAGCUUCAAGAGGAGUGCCGAGAGGUGAAGGGAGAGAAAACCCAACUGCUGGAGCAGAUGUCCUUGCUGCGCGGCGAGGCUGACGAGAAAUUGAAGCACGUGGAGGUGGAGAAGAAAACCCUUGAGAAAAGGAUCGAAGAAGACGUGAAGGUCAUCGGAGAGCUUCAAGAGGAGUGCCGAGAGGUGAAGGGAGAGAAAAACCAACUGCUGGAUCAGAUGUCCUUGCUGCAAUGCGAGGCUGAUGAGAAAUUGAAGCACGUGGAGGUGGAGAAGAAAACCCUUGAGAAAAGGAUCGAAGAAGACGUGAAGGUCAUCGGAGAGCUUCAAGAGGAGUGCCGAGAGGUGAAGGGAGAGAAAAACCAAUUGCUGGAGCAGAUGUCCUUGCUGCGCGGCGAGGCUGACGAGAAAUUGAAGCACGUGGAGGUGGAGAAGAACACCCUUGAGAAAAGGAUCGAAGAAGACGUGAAGGUCAUCGGAGAGCUUCAAGAGGAGUGCCGAGAGGUGAAGGGAGAGAAAAACAAACUGCUGGAGCAGAUGUCCUUGCUGCCCCGCGAGGCUGACGAGAAAUUGAAGCACUUGGAGGUGGAGAAGAAAACCCUUGAGAAAAGGAUCGAAGAAGACGUGAAGGAACAGGCUGUGCUGAAGGCGGAGAAAAGCACAUUGGAGGGCCAGAUGCGUUCGGCCAAAGAAGAGGCUGAUCGAAAAGUCAAGCGCUUGAAGUCUGAACUUGAGUCGGAGAAGGUAGCAAAGGCUACCCUGGAGAAACAGCUUGAAGAAGACUUGCAGAAGGUACAGGCUGAAUUGAAGAACAAGGACCUGACAGCACUGGAGGAGGUAAAACUUCUGAAGGCGGAAAAAAGCAAACUCGAGGGCAAGAUGCGGUCAGCCCAGAACGAGGCUGAUGACAAAGUCAAACGAUUGAGCGCAGAACUUGAGUCGGAGAAGGUAGCAAAGGCUACCCUGGAGAAGCAGCUUGUGGAAGACUUACAGAAGGUACAGGCUGAAUUGAAGAACAAGAACCUGACAUCACUGGAGGAGGUAAGAGUUCUGAAGGCAGAGAAAAGCAAACUGGAGAGUGAGACGCAGGCUGCCCAGAAAGAGGCUGACGACAAAGUCAAGCGAUUGAACGCCGAACUUGAGUCGGAGAAGGUAGCAAAGGCUACCCUGGAAAAACAGCUUGAAGAAGACUCGCUGAAGGUACAGGCUGAAUUGAAGAACAAGGACCUGACAGCACUGGAGGAGGUAAAACUUAUGAAGGCGGAAAACAGCAAACUCGAGGGCAAGAUGCGGUCAGCCCAGAACGAGGCUGAUGACAAAGUCAAACGAUUGAGCGCAGAACUUGAGUCGGAGAAGGUAGCAAAGGCUACCCUGGAGAAGCAGCUUGGGGAAGACUUGCAGAAGGUACAGGCUCAAUUGAAGAACAAGAACCUGACAGCACUGGAGGAGGUAAAACUUCUGAAGGCGGAAAAAAGCAAACUCGAGGGCAAGAUGCGGUCAGCCCAGAACGAGGCUGAUGACAAAGUCAAACGAUUGAGCGCAGAACUUGAGUCGGAGAAGGUAGCAAAGGCUAACCUGGAGAAGCAGCUUGGAGAAGACUUGCAGAAGGUACAGGCUCAAUUGAAGAACAAGAACCUGACAGCACUGGAGGAGGUAAAACUUCUGAAGGCGGAAAAAAGCAAACUCGAGGGCAAGAUGCGGUCAGCCCAGAACGAGGCUGAUGACGAACUGAAGCGAUUGAGUACCAAAUUGGAGUCGGAGAAGGAGAAAACGUUGGACACGAAGCGUCGAGCACACUUGGUGUGGAUGCCCAUGCGGAACCUCGAUUCCUCGAGUCCGGGAGAAGACGCUGCGUCGUUGUCGGACGCCGAAGUGGAUGCGCUGCAUCUAGCGCACCACGACAAGCCGCGAGACGUGCUGGGCUGUCACAGGCUGAAGCGUGACUCACGUGAAGCCGACAGCGAUCUCUUCGUGUUCCGAGUCUGGCACCAAUCCUUGGAGAAGGAGUGGGAGGCGGAGGAAGGUGAUGUACAGUUGCUGCUGGAGGGGUUGGAGCGCCUUGGCUAUUCCUUGGUUGGGGCUCGCGAAAGUCAGAGCGCAGUGAGUCAAUCACCCACCACGUCGGAGUCAGUCACCCUCCGCCCCCGCACUUAG